AUGACUUCCCAUCUCACUCCUAUCCGCAAGGUCGUCAUUUCCGAAUUUGGCGAUGUCUCCAAGGUGAGCGUCGUCGACGCCACCAUCGGCGCGCCUCGAUCCGAGGAGGUCCAGGUGGCUCCGAUCUAUUCUGGUUUUGCGGGCGCCGAUAUCAACAUGCGCCUUGGUCAAUAUCCGCUCCAGAAAAAAGCACCGCUGACACCUGGGUAUUGUCUUGUCGGCAAGGUAAAGACCGACGGCGUCAACUUCAAUUCCGGAGACGUGGUGUGUUGCUUGACAAUAUACGACGCAGAAGCAGAGCUGGUCAACCUGCCCGAGAAGUACCUUGUCAAGGUCCCCGAGGGCGUUGACUUGAAGCAGGCUACGGCUCUGGUACUCGACUGGGCGACGGCCUACGGCAUGGUCGACAAAGCGGCCAAGGUGACGAAAGGGCAGCGAGUGUUCGUCCACUGUAUCAGCGGUGCCGUCGGCUACGCGACCAUGAAGCUGUGUCAGCUGCGGGGAGCGACCGUGUACGGGACUGCAUCGGAACGAAAACACGAAAUCAUUCGGGAUCAAGGGGCCACACCUUUCACCUACACGAACAAGGAAUGGAUGAAGGCGAUGCAAGACAUCGGUGGUGCCGACGCCGUCUUCGACCCUCUUGCGUUCGAGAGCUGGGACGAGUCGUACUCGAUACUAUCAGAACGCGGAAUCCUCGUCGGAUGCGGCACGAAUCUGGAGACAGUCGGCGCGCGGCCUCCGUCGGAUUUCUCGCCCGUCAUGCAGAUCCUGAAGCUCAUGUUGCGGAGCUACGCCAACGUGUUCUCUAAGAAACGGGCGACGUUCUUCGGCAUCUCGCGAGACGACCCUUCGUUCGUGCCAAACCUCAACACGCUCUUCUCCCUGGUGAAGGACAGGGGGAUCGACGUGGUUAUCAAGAGCGUCUGGCGGAUGGCCGACAUUCAGGAGGCCCAUAAGAGCUAUGGCAAAGAUGAUGGUGUUGGUUCAAACUUGAUAGAGGUCUCAGGGGAAGAUGGCCAAGGGGAGUGA